AUGGAUGCUGGAUCGUGUGCUGCUGUAGGCGGCGGGACACAUGCUUUUGCUAAUCAAGUGCAAAAACUUCAAAACAUAAUUGCAAGCCGAGCCAGCCAGUACAACCAUGAGAUGAAAAGGAAGGAGAGAGAAUUCAACAAACUGAAGGAGCGCUUGAAUCAACUUCUGGCUGACAAAAAGGAGAAGAAACAAGCCAUUGAUGUAUUAAACAGCAUUGGAAGAGCUGAUGGGAAGAGAAGCCUUUGGAAAACUGUAAAGACAGAAGCCAAGCAUGAGGGGGAGAUGUAUAAGACUCUGCUGGGCAACUAUGACACCCGACAAAGGGAGCUGCUGCUGGAAAAUGCAGAGUUGAAGAAAGUGUUGCAGCAAAUGAAAAAAGACAUGGUGUCCAUUCUGAGUUCAAGAAAAACAGCUCUGAGAGGGGACAAACAUCAAGAUGCCGGCAAACAGGUUGAUGCAGAGGAGGAAGAGGAAGUGUUUGAUUCCAGUAAAGAAAGUGUAGAGCUAUACUGUGAUCAAGCCCGGGAAAAGCUGACCAACAGUAUUCGCCUCCAGUGGAGGAGACUUAAGAGCCACGUUGAAAGAUUGGACAGCCAAGCAUCUUUAGCUCAGAUGGACGAGAACACAAACUCUGAUGCUGUCGCCCGAGAGACUCAUGAGGACGAGAUGGACAGACUGAAGCUGGAGAUCCAGCAGUGCAAAGACUUAAUUCAAACACAACAGCAUCUCCUGCAGCAGCAGUUGAGCUCUCCGUGUGACGAUGAGACUGCCUCCCUGCUGAGCGACUGCUUCAUGCUGCAGGAGAAAGAGCGCUUCAGAGAGGAAUGGAAGACCCUUGAGGAACAAAGAAAUAUAUUUGAGAGAGAAAGGAGGAACUUCACUGAAGCAGCUAUCAGACUUAGCCAUGAGAGAAAGGACUUUGAGGACGACCGGGCACUGUGGCUCAAACACCAGUUUUUAAGCUUGAGUCCAUUUGCUGACUCAAAGAAACCCCAGAUGUCAAAAUCUAAGAGUGCCUUUUCAAUUUCUAAAACAGAGGCGAGUGCAGAGACAGAUCCAGAAAAGCUAAUCAAAUGCAGGUCUGGCGCAACCUCCCCCAUACCCAGAUGUGUCCAACUCACACCCACACCAACAGACCACUUGCAUCGGACACUUUGCCUUAUGCCGGACAACAGAUCAACCAAACCAAAGAGAAAGGUUGAGCACGUUGAAGAAUCACAAAUCUCUUUUAAUGAAAAUAUCCCAGUUCAGUGCAAACAGUGGAACGACAGUGAAGACCAGUACAGCCAUUCACUCCCAAAGGAAAAGACCAGCUCUAUAUGAAGCCAGACACUUUGAAUAUUGUUCAUGUCCAUUGAUUGUGGUUAGUUUGUGGUAUUUUAAAAAUAAACCUGAACUGUAAGGCCAAACACUUGAAGAAAGACGGUAAAAAGGAACAAUAUCUGAAAAAUAGCCGUUAAUGGUUGUAGCCAAACAAGAGUUCUGGUUAGCUGCUGGUGUUCAGUGUGACAUAUUUUUGACUAUUCUGACUUUUUAUGUUGUAGUUUUUUACAUUUGUGACAUAUGUAUUUAUUGUUUGGCUGUUAUAUCUAGAAUCUAAGUCUGAGACAAGUAUUAUUUUCCAAAACAUAAUUUGUCCCUGUAUUGUGAUUUGCUUGGUCUAUGUUAAUGGUUGCUUUUGCACCUUAACUAAUCUACAUGUUGCUCCCACAACUUUGAAAUAUUUGUUCUUAUCAUGUUUAACUUAUUACCUGGCACAAUUUUUUAGAAUUAAGAGUUAAUGCUGCUCUUUUACUGAACGCAAUAAGAAGUAUUUUUCAAUAGUUUGAUAUAGAAAAUGUGAUCAAAUUCAGAUAAAUAACUAAAUGCAUUAUAUUAAAAUCAGGAAUCUUAUAUAGGACAAUAUAAAUUAUACUCACAAUUGAAUUCAACUUGUGUUUUUAUUUCGAUAGGCCUAACAUUAACAGAUGUGAACAAUUCCUACUAUCCUAAUGUGAGAUGAGUUAUUCUAUCUCGACAAUCUUAUAUUCUUAAAGUCCUUAUUAUAUAUCAUUCAAACACGAUUUUCUUGUGGUUUUACAUGUAUUUGUCUCUAUGGAAUACAAAAAACUGGUUCACCUCUACCAAGCCAAUUAUUACUGCCUGUUCCGGCAGUGGUUAUCAAAGUUUAAAAUGUUCAUUAUUUGUAUAAUAAAAAAGUUUACCAGUUUCAAGUAGGCUACUCCCUCACAUUAUGCAAGAUUCGAAGGCUUUGUUGUCAUUUGCAGAAUAGCUACAGCUUUGUUGUUGGCAAUGAAAAGUGAGGAAAUGGUGCAAGUAAAAUGCAUUAAGUAAACUAUCUACUGUACAGGUAAAAAUAAUUGGAUAAAACAAAAUGUAAAAAAAUGAAAUAUUAUACACAGUGGAUAUGCAACGGCUUGAUAUUAAAAUAAUGCAGCCAGUGAGGAAGUUACAGAGUAUCCUGGAGUCCUUGUUGAACCUCCACAGCCCGCAGAAGAAGAGCUUCUGUCUUAUUGUCCUGCAUCUCCGGGCCUCCCACCUCCAGUGCCCCGGCCUCGGUGAGUGACGCCGCUUCACUUCAUAACAGGAAGGGAAUAUCGUGGAUGCUGUGCUGGCCUGGGGAAAUGGCCACUAUCGUGGCUCUGCUGUGCCUUUUGGCUCUCUUGGACGGUGAGAAGAUUUCUAGUCAUCCUGAGAAGUCUACUGGAUUCAUGUCUGUUCUGCCGUCCGCGGUGAGCAUCCCCUGCAAAGGAUCGGGAGUACCACACAAACAAUUACCGGUUACCUUGUCACAGGCAAUCAGUUCGACAAAAUAUGUUUGUCUUUUUUGUUUGCCUGCGAUGAUGGUUCUUCAGGACUGCUUCUUAAGCUCUAAUCACACUCUCGCAGACUUUUCCGGUGAUUCUAAAGUAGAUGACAAUGUAUGUGUGUCGUUUAAGAGGAAAAGAUGCCUGUUUUUGUUGUUGUUAUUACUGUCAGGAAAUGUACAACCUAACCCUGGUCCGCCCAGUAGUAGUAGUCAGA